GGAAUGCUCUUUAUAGAUUUUUCGUCGCCACCAGAGUUCCUUGGUAAGAUACGCGGGUUGCUUGGAAAGUUUGACGGGGACAAAUCUAACGACUUUGAGAGCUCAGAUGGAGUCAUAACGCCCGUGAGCGCGUCGGAACAGCAGCUUUACGAAGACUUUGGUAUCACUUGGCAGCUCACUAGCGAAGACGGACCUAGGAAGUCACUGUUUCCUAACAACACGGAAGACUCCUUCCAGACACGGUCUUCCUUCUACCCACAAUUCACGGAUGCCAUCACCUUUAUCGACCCGCACCUAGAGAGCCAAGCUUACGCAAUCUGUAAAAACAACACCGAAUGCCUGUUCGACAUAAGCCAAACGGGUGACAUAAGCUACGGCCAUGUGCUGUUGGAGGCUGAUGAAGAAUUUCGCUAUAAACAAGAUAUGCUCAACAUGUUUCCUCCCACUCUAAAUGGACCCGGCACUGUGUAUGCGACCGUGGGUACAACAGUGACCGUAGUUAUCACAGCUACCGACCCUUCUACACGUUUUCCAACCUUUGCACUGGGACCAGAGGUCCCUGAUACCGUGGAACUACGUGUGAGGGAGUCAGAGGCAACUUUGAUCUGGCAGGUGACGUCUGCCUCACCGUUUAAACUCCAAGUCGAUGUUUAUAACGCCGAGAACACGACAGCCCAAUACUGGCCCGUGGUUUACAUGUGUUCAUGUCAAAAUGGUGGUAACUGUGACUCAAGCGUGGAUCCUGACCCCUCCAUUGCAGGUGGCGAAAACAAAUUUUUCAGACGGACAUGCAGCUGUGCACCAGGCUACGCCGGAGAUGACUGUGGGUUCCAGGUGGACGCAUGCUUGGUGAACUUGAACCCAUGUUUCCCUGGGUCGGAGUGCACAGAUCUCCCUCCGCCAGCUGGGUUUGGUGCGGAUGGAUACACGUGCGGACCAUGUCCAGACGGGUACACCGGAGACGGCAUCAACUGUCAAGACGAGGACGAGUGUUUAAGCGGUAGUCACCACUGCGAACAGUUGUGUAACAACACGGCCGGCGGCUACAGUUGUUACUGCAGGGACGGAUACUACACAAUAGAGAACUAUGGCGUGACAUGCCUAGAAAUCGACGAAUGCUCUGAGGGAUACCACAACUGCACUGAGCACGAGCGGUGUGUGAACGACCCUGGUUCUUUCCACUGCCAAUGCAAAGAUGAUGCGGUGGAAGUCAACGGGAUUUGUUUGCCAGUAACGACAACUCAGCAGGUGACCACAGGCAGCACAACACUUCUAAGCAGCACAGCUGACCACACUACGUCAUUUCCAACUACAACCCGAACUUCAUCACCCAUAACCAAUCGCCCUACAACCUCUCCAGCUACAACCAAAACCAAACCAUUUGCCCCCAGCAACCCAUUCAAGACCACAACAAUGGCUGAAGCUGAUAACACAGUAGCAAUAACUCACCCAACUGCACCCCCUCCAAUCGCUGUGACGGAUCCGCCAGAGCCAAUUGUCACCUCUACCAAACCCUCACCAACAGGCAAACCAACAAGCCACUGGACAGCUGAGCCAGAAGUAGAGAACGUCGUUGAGGUUAACACCAUCGUGAUUGAAGUCUGGUCGUCAGUUUUCGAGAUCUACGACCAGUUAGCCACGUUUAAGCGUGCCAUGGCUGCCGAAGUAACCACAUUCUGUGCUCAACAAGUAGACAGGAACCCUGCAUGUAGAAGAGUGGACAGUGACAGAAGACGAAGAUCGUACAGUGCGUCAGUGUUCCUUCCUGAAGACGUUCAUGUUACCGAAGGUUACCCCCAGCCGACGCCCGACUCAACUCGAACCGCACUUGCAUUCUUUAUGGUCUACUCCGACACAGGGGAUUUUAGGCCGGUACCGUUAGGCGUCCUAACAACAGUUGUCCAGCAGUCUCAGUCCAGCCUUCAAGCAGCACUGAAUAGCAAACAGAUCACCUACAUUGGCUCACUCGAUGAUUACUUGGAUGAUGAUCAUGAGACUCCAACUCCCCCCAGUAGUCCAGACGAAACAGACCACGUCCACGUCCCGAUGAUUUAUGUCACCGUCGGCGCUACCAUCUUUCUCGUCAUGGCUUUCAUCAUCGCCGUGACAUUCUGCCUGUGGGUGAAAAAGAAGAGCAACGUGCCUAAGGUAGACACCUACCAGUUUCCAGCUGUGCCACUGACUCACACCGGCGUGCCACCUUUGAAGCAAGCUUGGGGCGUCGAUAACCCUGUCAUUAUCAUGGACACCAAAGCAUGAUUAGAACUGCUUUAUUGAUGUGCUUUGAAUACACAUAAUACCUAGCUGUGUCUAUAUCUACGGUUUCUUGUUUUUCAAGAAGCCAUUGUUUUAAAUAAUUUUUUAAUUUAAUUUUUAAUUCUUCAAGUAUGACAAUAAUUCAUGCAAUGAUUUUUUGAGGGUAUGUCUAAAAUUAGUUAAAACGUUUCAAUCUCUUUUCAGACAUAAAACCAAAAGACUACAUUUUUCAUGCACUACUCCAUAAUGAUUCUUUUUAAAAUUUUUCGACCAAACUGGCUGUAUAUUUUGGGAUACUUUGCCCUGCUAUUACAGACAUACUGUUCGAAAUACUGUGUACAUGUGCACCUUCGUGCGCCCGGAAUUAGAACUGUGCACCCAUUUUCUGUGGUCGCACCAGUGCACCUAAACAUUGUCGUAUUAGGCUCAUGUAACUAUGAAAAAUAUACAUGUCCUUGAUAUCAGCAAAAUGAUAAAAUCUUUGUUGUAUUGGAAUUGGAAUUUGACUUCAUUUUAAUUUUUGAAUUAGGAUCUGCUGACAAUCUACUUUUAGAUUAUUUUAUAUGGUGCACCCGAAAAUUUUCUGCACUUAUCUUUUUUGUAGGUUCGUGCACAACUGCACAAAAAAGGAAUUUCGAGCACUACAUGUAAUUUGAGGUUCCUAUGGCAUUUGUCCAGAGGACUUCAUUAUAAUCCUUGGCAUAAACUCUAAAGCGAUUUAAGCCACCUCGCAAAAAUGUUUUCAAAAAGACUUUGCAGAAUAUUAUGGAUGUAUUUGAGUGACAGUGUCAAACCAAACACAACAAAUUUUACAUCUAUAUUUCAGUUUACUGAAUUCUCUUCUCAGAUUGCUUUAGCCCUUAAAUUGUUCCGAUCGAAUUUGGAGUUUUAAAUUCAGUGUUCGGAGUCUGUUGGUAAUAAAAUAAUUCAGCUGCAAAUGUGAAUAUGAGCUAGCGGGUCCCAUGGUACCAUUUGGUCCAUCCAGCUUUAGACAUGGAUUCUGGGUUGAGAUUAUCGGUAAUGUGCACUGAUCUGUGCAGAAAUUACGAUUAAGUGGAAUGUAUGACUUUUAUUUUCUAUUCUGACAUAAAAUAAGGCCAUGAAUUGGGUUAAACCACAAGGCAUUGUCUUAGCAUCCAUCAUCAUCUAAUUGGGGUUGAAUUCAAAUGCAUAAUUCCUAUCGGCUACUCGAAAUAGAUCACACUUAAGCUUCUAGAUACCUUUAAACUACGUUAUGAACUGUCGGCUUUGGCCUUUGCUUGUGUACUAUUGAUAUAAGGUGAAUUGUAGGUGUGAGAAAGCAGACCCGUGGCGUAUGUUAUGCUACUAGCGCAAAUAUUGAUAGAUUAAAUUUAUAUACAUCAUAUACAUCUUACAACGUCCAGCGGCGGUUUCUUAAGCUGCAACUUUUUGUCGCUUAUAUUUAGUUUGCAAUAAAGUCAACCAUAAAUCUGCAUACUAGACAGACGCUAGAUAGAUGUGUUAUACCUAAUUACAAAGUUGUUAUUAUAUAAUGAGAAUGGGUUUUAAGUUACAGUUGUCAUUGUACACGAAAUUGAUUUUACUUUUUUUUGUUACGAAUACACACGUGGUAUACCAAAGUUUUGC